AUGGACUAUUCAAGUGGCUCAACAACUAAUACUUGUACUUCAUCAAGUGGAACUCAAAGUUUCUCAUCUCCAGACUACGUUGGCCCAACAAGUUCAAAUGACGACUGUAUUGACACUAAAUUUUCAUAUCACAAUUAUCUUGAUAGUUUAAAAUCAACCUCAAUUUAUCAAUCAUCUUUUAAUUCAAAAUUAAUUCAAUGUAAAUUUGGUCCUCGUUGCUUCAGAAAUAAUUAUAAUUGUCCAUUUCGUCAUCCACGUACUCAUCAAUUAUGUCCUAAAUCAAAUUGCAUUUCUUAUAGUUGUGGUUAUAUGCAUCCUCAUCCUAUUGAUUGCAGAUAUGGAUUACAUUGCUUUCGAAAAUUUUGCAUUUUUAAACAUCCAGAAGGUAGAACUCAUUAUUUGGAGUUAUAUUUAAGUCAAACUUAA